AUGCGUAAAGCGGAGACGACGGAAAAACCGGGAGCAACAACGUCGGUGAAGAAGAACGUCGUAAAGCAGGAUUUGCUUCGAUCGACAGCAGAAAAAGAACGAAUCGAAGAGCAGAGUAAAGAUGCGGCGAAAACUACACGCACAGCACGAAGUGCACUCUCGAAGACCACUGAAAAAGUGACUGUUGAGGAGUCAUCUAAGAUAGACGGAAAACCAAGCAAAGUAUCGGUUGCUGGAACAAAGGACGUAACUCGGAAGGUAGUGGAGAAAUCUGAAGUAAAAGCAGAUUCUUCUGGGAAGUCUGUCAAAGAGACUGAAUUGACAGCUACUGAGAAGGUAAAGACCGCACUUGAUGUCGAGAAAAACGCCAAGAAAGGGUCGGUCGAGAAGUCGACAACAACAAAGGUCACGACGAAGACAUCUGAUCCACCAGCUGAUGUUAAGGAUAAGAUGAAAGCGGGUCCUAAAACUGAAGCCAAAUCUGCUGCGUCCAAGACGUCUGAGCCCUCAAGUGAACCUAAGGAAAAAGAAAAAUCUGCCCAGCAGGUUACUGCUGGAACAAAGUCUACCACUAUCAAGGCCUCCGAUACGCCCAACGACGUCAAGGACAAGGCGAAGAGUGGAACGAAAGCAGCUUCGGAGAAACAGCCUGAAGUUGCAAAGUCCGCCAAUGCUAAAUCAACCCAGGAAAAGGAGGAUAAGAAG